CACAAUGUAUGUGUGUGUAUGUUGCUGUUGCUGUCCAAAUGCAUAAUUUUGACUCCGGUAUAUCAUGUUUCUUUAAAUUUAUAAACACCGUGAUAAAUAAAUAGUAUUUGCUGUAGGGUUGAUAAUUGGUGUGAAAUUGUUAAUAAUAUUGACACAGUAUGUGCACACUGAAACAGCGGAAGAAGUAAAAGUAAAAUGUCACAUGAUAGUUCAGGCAGUGAAGUGAAAAAUGAAAGCAUUGGCAAUGGAAAUAGCGCCAAUGGUGCGCCCUUACCGCUUGGUUUUUCUGAAGUUGACACCGAACCUGAAGCAAAGAAGAUGGAGAUGGCAAAAGCAGAUCUGCUACGAGAAUUUGAUAUCCUUGAUGAAUUUGGAGAUGAAAGUGAAGAAAAUGCAGAGAACACUUCUUCGUGCAGUUCUUAUGUUGAAGAUGAUAUGGAGCAACAUAGUGAUUGGAAAGACGAGAGUGAGGAAGAUAAAAAUAAUUUGCAAGAUUCAAAAUCAAAAAGCGUAUUUGAUGUGUAUGACCUCGACAGUAAUCAGCCGUUACCUCCGGGCUGGGUCAAAGUUGUGCACGACAGUGGAAUACCGGUCUACUUGCACAAGGAAUCACGCGUGUGCAUGGCAACUCGGCCUUACUAUCUGGGUGCUGAUAGUGUGCGGAAACAUAAAAUUCCAGCAAGCUGUGUGCCAUGUUUGGACUAUGCCAAACUAAAGGCUGAAUAUUUGACAGACUCCACAGCAGAGAAUGUUGGCAAUAAAGCAGAGUCAUUACUAAGCAGCGAGAUGCUGAGCCACUACUGUAACAAGUUGUUUCGUUUCAAGACCAUCAGAGUGAUGCGAUUCAACACGUGGGCAGAUCGCCGGCUGUACACAAAAAAUAGAAUGCUCGCAAAGCAAGGCCCUAAUUCAGAAUUACCUGUAGGUGCAAAGAUUGUCAACAUUCCUGUGGAUGAAUCAAAUGACCCCACAUCAGAGAGCAAAGACUUGAAGAAAAAAAGCUGGGUGUUGAAUCCAAAUGGAAAAAGUUGCGUGUGUCUUCUGCAUGAAUAUGUUCAGCAUGCACUUAAAAAACACCCAUCAUAUGUUUUCUCCGAGUUAGAAAAUGCAAAAACCCCGUAUUUGGCGGCAGUUGUCAUUGACGGCAUGCAGUACGGCGUUGGUUUUGGUUCCAGCAAGAAACAAGCAAAGCUGGAAGCAGCAAAAGCAACUCUUGAAGUGCUUAUUCCUGACCUACAAGACAAAAUAAGUACAGAUAGUAUAACGGGGCAUGUCAACACUGGGAAACAAAGAAAAGCUGAAAACUCAAUUUUCGAUGACAUUAGAAUUGAAGAUCCUCGUGUUGCAGAACUGUGUGCCAGAACAACGGAACCAUAUCCACAUGCUGUGCUUCUUGCUUGCAUUAAAAGGAACUUCGGUCUUGAGGAAUCAGACAUAAAGUACGAGGACAGAUCACUGAGUGAAGGAGAGCAUGAGUUUACUAUCAGAGUAGCAGAUUACUGCGCGGUUGUAAGGUGUCACAACAAACGUGAUGGAAAGCAAAGAACGGCUCAAGCUAUCUUAAAGCAACUUCAUCCUCAUAUUGUUAGCUGGGGUUCUUUGCUGCGCAUGUACGGUAAUUGCUCUGUGAAGAGUAUUAAAAAAAAGCGUGAGAAGAAACGAGAACAGAUAUAUAUUGAAGCAUCGGAACCAGAACGCCAAGAAAAUAUAUCCAUUCUCUCUCGUUUGAAGGCAGUUAUGACUGGAGCAGAAGCAAGCAAUACUGAACUACCUCAGUAUUGUCAAAGGAUAAAGGAAAUUGAAGAAUUAAUCAAACAAAAGUGUCAGACUUCUGCAAUGGAGACAGCCCCAUCUUGCCUUGAAUGGAAGGGUUUACUGCCAACUCAAACAGUGCAAACGAUAUGACCGAAGAAGAAGUCUCAAAUCCGGCAGCUAUGAAAAUAAAGGCUUGUGCUACGAAAUCAUCAUCCUCCAACUCUGCAACAAAUAUUAUGAGUAUACUUGUUAUAACUAUCUGUAAAUCAUAGCACCUAUUGUAGUUACACAACUAAUUUAGUUCUAUCUUGUAUGACUCUAUGGUUAUGAAAACCACACAUCAUUAAUCAAACAUACAUAUUUAUUAAUUUUUUAGUAUGGAAAAUUAUGGAAAAACAUAUGCUAAGUGUUUAUUAUGUACAUUGUUGCUUAAAACCACACUUAAAUUAAAUUCCCAGCCCACUAUUAUAUUAUAUUAAUGAUGUCUAUUACUUUACAAUUCACAAGACACCUUUCUAGAUCUAAGUAGUAUAAAAGUAAAAUAUUUUGCUAAGAAUGCUAUCCAGAAUAAAGACAGUACCAACACAUUAAAGUUUUUUUAUGCAGAUUAUUUGCAACACCAGUUAUAUUCCUAGAAAGCAGUUAUGUUUUACAAAAUAUAAUAUUUAUACUUACUCAUGUCUAGUGUUUCACUUUCAUGUUUUUUAUUUUCAUGUAUUGAAUGUCUUGCUUUAUUUCUUGUAAAUCAUUAGCAUCCUCUGCUUGAACCUGACCCUCUUCUUUUAUCUGCAUCAGAAUGUCCACAAAAUCUUUUCGGGUUAUUUUAUUACUCUUCCGAUAACCAACAACAUCCCAAAAUGUCUUGCGGCAAAAAGUGUUGACACUGUCAUCCAUUGUUUUCAGUUGUAAUAUUUGUAUCAGUUGUGGUAACAAUAAUAAAAGGGAUGUGAUCCAAGA